UAGAGGUUCCACGUGGCAGAUUUUAGAGCAAGCAUUUUCCCCGGCUACACAUUUUCCCCGGCUAUGGCGGCCGCUCUAGUGCCUCGUCCUCUCCUUGCGCCUUCUCCCGCUUCUUCUUGCCAGGUCCAAACCCUAGGGUGUGUUAGCGGCGCCUGCUUGUCUCUCCGGCAUCAUCAGUCUCAUCUCCAUCAGCAAUGGCGGAUGCGCGCGCCCAGAGGACCGACGCCGCAUUGGAGGAUCUUUCGCGUCUUCGCUGAAUCCACAGAGGCGGCGGUCGAUUCGGAUGCGUCUGUGGCGGCCGCGGACGAUUCACAGGUUGAGCCAGAGACAGCGAAAGAAGAGGAGUCUGGGGGAGCAGCGCAAGAAGAACAAACGGAAGCAGAGAAGCUCGUCAUGAUGCUCAAGGCCGAAGGCUCCAUGCCCGACGUAUCGAUUCCAAUCGUCCAAAGCUCUUUAGAGGCAAUGGAAGACGUUAGUGAUGUGAGGAUAACUACAUUCGAAGGUUUGACGUCCAUUUCGCUCACUAAGAAGACAAUCAUCCAGGCAACAAAUGUUGCGUCGGAGAUCGUAGAUACAAUGGAAAAAGCAGGCUUUAGGAUGCACACCUUGAACUUGGCAAUUGACGAUGAGGACUGACGCUUCCUUUCCAGGUUCUUUUGGUUUCUAGUUCUUGUAAAUUCACAAGAAACCAGGGUCGUCUCUCAGUUCUCCCAGCAAGAGAGAUUUUUUGUCUUGAGAAUCCAAGCUUGGGUUCCUUACAAGUUUUGAGCAAGUUUUAAUUUGGUUGACGUUCAAGUUAUAGCCAUGAAGCACUGUCGCUAGUUUCUUUUCUACGCGUUUUAACAUGCUAACGUCUCUUAUUAUUUGUCCGAAGAAGUCUAAUCUGAUGUGUAAGUGUGGUUUCAUUUUGCUUUGACACUAACUAUCGCUCGGUUUUUUUUGUAGAAAGCUAUAGAAUCUGUGAGAGUUUGGUGACAGUAACAGGGAGACCUUUCCGCAUUUUCACAGUUCCAAAAUAAACAGCUUCGUCGUCUUCAGCAGGGUGCAACCUAGAAAAGAGCAGGAUAAAAUGCAGCAAAAGCGCGAUCUCCAGUCUAGCUAGCUCAGAUCCGGUACAAAAUCUUGGGCCGCCACUAAAAGGAGUGAAGUACUUAACGCUUUGAGUCUGCAGCAAAGUUAUGAGCCUGCUUCAGGUUAAGUUUUGUGUUUACCUUCCAGCGCCAGGGGUUGAACUCUAAUGGUUCUGCGUAAAGUUUUGGAUUGAGAUGUAUCGUGGUCCAACUGGAAACCACUUUCCAGCCCUUCGGUAUCACAUAUCCUUCUAUGAAGUUUCACGCUCAGGAAAGCUAUCCUAUGGGCAGAUGUUAGCACGUUAGUGAGCCUCAGUGUCUCGUUUAUAACCUGCUAAUCUCUACAGUUAAAAACAGCUUCGGACUGUGCGACUUACGUGUUGAGUGAAGGUCAUUUGAAGGUAAUCAUUCCAUUCUAGUGGUUCGUCUGGACUCCUUUUGUUCCUUCGAAUCUCAAGAUGUUCUUCCUAAAUGUAUGGUUUGCAGGAUAUUGAUGCUAAAUAUGAGCAGCGUACCUGCAGCUGAUUUAGCGCUUGUGGAUUAGCCAGAAGGUAUUUGAUCGCCAUGGUCAUUGCUGUCGCUGUUGUAUCGUGUGCUGCAAAGAGCAUGAACACGAUGAAGUCGCUUAUCUGUUCCAAGGCUUUGUCGUUCUCUCCGCGACCAUUUGCUCGACGAGCCUCACGAUGUUUUGCCGUCCCUGUCACUCCAAAAUAGUACAAGAUUCUUCAUUCAACAGGAUCCAACUGAACCUUCAUGGCUGUCCAGUACCGAGUUCCCGGGAUUCUCAAAGGAUCCAUGCCCAGGACGUGACCAACAAUACAGUCGAAUGACAGCUGAUCACAGAGCAAGCGAUCGUCAAAGCCUGGAUCCUUCUCUUCAUUCUUACCGAUUGUGCUUCGUCCUGGAUCUUAACAACUCGUCCCUCCCAAGUUGACAAGAGACUGAUCACUCGCGCUUGAAUUGUUUGCAGGAAAUUGUCCUUGAGGCUCUGGGCUUGCAUGAAGCUCACCGUCAAAGCUCGCAUCCUCUUGUGGAGCUCGCCGCUGGCCUGCACCAUCGAGAACUUGCCGAGGACGCGAUCAACGCCAGCGGGAUAGGAGCUCUGGAACAAUUUCCCUUCGUUGGCGAGGACAAACCUGUUAAAGUCCGGAUCAGUCGUCACGAUCGUGGGACACCCGAACAGGACGCUAAAGAACAAAGUUCCUCAAAUCCAGCAACAGACCGUGCGACUCUUUUCGCAAUAAAAGGCUGAGGCACUCCGAUCGGCCUGGUUGCGAGAUACUCUAGAGUCUCGCCGACGAGAGGCCAGCCCAUUCGUCCCGGUGGCAAAUUCAUGAAUGGUGGCAGCAUUAAUCUCCAGACGAGCGCCAGGAAAACACACAAAGCAGCCAUUGCUAGAAUCCAGCUCAAGGUCAGUGCUUCCAUUUCUUUUCUUUGUUCCUUCUUUCUUUUUGCUAGAAGACUUUGAGAGCUUUGAACUUGCAGCGAGAGCUUUAAGCUCGAUUAUUGGAAAGGAGAGAAAAGAGCGUGAGGAACUAGGUAAAUUAUUUGUCCACAGCCCAAAGAAAAAAUUAUGAAAAGGACGUUCGUUCUU